UAUAAGGAACCGACAACCGGAAGUCAGUGUGAAGCAAGCGGAAGUUUACUUAUCCUCCGGCGUGUGUGCAGUGUUAAGGAUCAGUUUCGUUGCAGUUUAUUUCGUUUUCUGUCGUUUAAGUCGCCGAUUGUGUAGGAAAAAUGUCUGACAACGAAGACAACUUUGAUGAUGGAGAUUUUGAUGAUGUGGAGGAGGAUGAGGGGCUGGACGACCUGGAAAACGUGGAGGAUGAGGAUCAGGAGAACGUACAGAUCCUCCCUGCAGGAGAAGGACAGCAGGCCAAUCAGAAGAGGAUCACUACACCGUACAUGACCAAAUACGAGAGAGCCAGAGUGCUGGGCACUAGAGCACUACAGAUUGCGAUGUGUGCGCCAGUGAUGGUGGAGUUGGAGGGAGAGACCGACCCUCUGCAGAUCGCCAUGAAGGAGCUCAAAAGCAGAAAAAUCCCCAUCAUCAUCCGGAGGUAUCUGCCUGACGGGAGCUAUGAAGACUGGGGCUGUGACGAGCUUAUCAUCACUGACUAACACACACACACACACACACACACACACGUUUAUACAGCCUCAGUGUUCUGACUGGGAAUGAAACUCAUCAGUGAAUCUGUAAACAGCGAUUAAAGCUAAAACACACACUCAUAUAUAAACGUAAUCAUCAGCAAGGGUCUCUGGUUUAAAAUAAACACACACACAAAUAAAAACACACCCAUCAGUACACACUUUCCUGCACAAUGGCCUCAGUGUGAGUGCGCGUGCAGUGAGUACCUCUCUCCACUAGAGGGAGUAAAGUCACAUUUUCAUUGUGAAGUGAAUUUUAGUUUUUAUUAAUGUAAUGGAAUAAAUCUUUUUGUAUAAAAGA